GCCAAAUUUGGCAGAUUCAUUCAUCAGUUCUGACCUUUACUUUUGAAAUAAUUUCAUUAAUGUUCUUCACUCCAGCUACAAUUGAUUAGGUUUUAAUUCAACAGUUGGCCAGACCUUUCGACUAAGAAAAUUAUAGAAUUGUUGGGAUGUAGAAUAAAAAUAGUGGGUCGACUUUGUGAAAAAAAUGGGGCGAGUUGGUGAAAAAGUGGGGGCGAGUUGUCGUCCUGAAAAAAAUUAAACAGAAAGUAGAAAUUGUGCGAACUGCAUAAGUGAUUAAAAAAUAUAUAAGGGAACAAAACAUAUUAAAAAUAAGAAGGACUAUAUAUACAAUCCACAACAAUAAUAUUCAAGAGGAUUGAGGAACUAUCCAUUCACAACAAUAAUAUCCAAGAGGAAUGAGAAUAUUGGCCAGAAUAUUUCCAUUGAAGGAAGAUGGUGCAGGUGAUGAUUAUGAAAAGUUUACUUCUUUCUGGAGCCAGGUUGAGGGUUGUGAAGUUGAAAAGAUUGUAAUGAAGGACUACACCCCACCUAGAAUUGAAAUAGACUUUGAAAAUCAGUUAAAAAGUUUGAGAAACAAAUUUGAGGAGGGAAAAUACACACAUCUUGUAUUAGCUGUUAGCUCACAUGGAGUAGAAAAAGAACAAGACACUGAUGGAAAAGAUGUGACCUUUGAAAUUGUAUGGGGAAGAGAUAAACGAUAUAAAGUGAAUAAGCUACUUGAGAUAUUCAAAGACGUUAAAGAAAAGCAGAAGAUUUUCAUCAUGCAGAUGUGCAGAAACAGAUCAGAUAAAACAACAGUGACUUUACUGGGGAAAGACCAAGGAGUAAUGCAUCAUUCAAUGACUGAACCUAGUCUUAGAAUACAUGCACCUGCAAUUGGUAAUCAACCAACACCAGAUGAACUUACCGCUGUAGCCCAUGGAAAAUCUCAGUCAACAGAGGCUCUGAAUAGUAUAGCCUGGCCUAAAACCUGGAAAUUAGCACAGCCAUGUAUCAGAGACAGUAUUGUUAUGUUUUCGUCACCAUCAGGUUUUUUGUCAUAUCAUAAUAUAAACACCCCUGAUGACGCUGGCGGUUGGAUAUUUGUCAGUAUGGAGAAAUUGCUAAAGAGUUUGAAGGGCGAGAAGAUCUCCGUCAUAGACUUGUUCUUAAUGGUGAACCAAAAAAUGAGUGAAACAUUUACAAUUAAUCCAAUGGGGGAAUACAUAGGGUUAAGUAGCUUUAAUCACAUGUUAACACAAGAUAUAAUUAUCAAAUUCAAAAACUAAGAAACAGUCAAACAAUGGUAUAGCAAUGUUCCAAAGUUUGAAAAGAUAAUCACACUGUAUAAAUAUGAAAAUUAAUUAUUUAUAUAUCUUCCUUGGAUAAUGUUACAUGUUUUUAUUAGACUCAUUUACUAAUUUUACUUGUUUAUUUACUUUUUAUGCCCCAUUUUUAUACCUCAUUUAUUGGCAUUAUGUUUUCUGGACUGUGGGUCUGUUCCUUGAGGAGUCAAUUGACCAUUUUAGUCAUGGUUAACCUAUUUGUAGAUCUUACUUUGCUGAACAUUAUUACUGUUUACAGUUUAUUUAUAGUUUAUCUCUAUCUAUAAUAAUAAUCAAGAUGAUAACCAAAAACUGCAAAAUUUCCUUAAAAUAAUAAAUUCAGGGGCAACAACCCAACAACGGAUAUCUGAUUUGUCUGAAAAGUUCAGGACAGAUAGAUCUUACCUGAUAAACAAUUUUACCCCCAUGUCAGAUUUUCUCUAGGUGCUUUGGUUUCAAAGAUAUUAGCCAAAAUCUACAUUUUACCCCUAUGUUCUAUAUUUAGCCAUGGUGACCAUCUUGUUUAGUUGGCCGGGUCAUUGGACACAUUUUUUAAACUAGAUACCUCAAUGAUGAUUGUGGCCAAGUUUGGUUAAAUUUGGCCAAGUAGUUUUAGAGGAGAAGAUUUUGUAAAAGAUAACGACGACGGACACCAAGUGAUGAGAAAAGCCCUCUUGGCCCUGUGGGCCAUGUCAGCUAAAAAGUGUAUUUUCAUGAGUAAUCUAUACAAAACUAGGCAAUGUGCUCAUCUUGUAGCAUGGGGACCCAUACUUUUUAUUAAUUUUUGGAAAAAGCAUGGAAAAAUCUGUAUUUUGGCAGAGUAUAAGAUUCUAUCAUAUAUUUAUUUAGUGAUAAGCCACGUCCACCAAUGUAAUUUUAAUUUUAUUUUAGACUAUCUUUAGAAGGUGAAAUAAAGUGGGUUCUAUGUAUUUGCUGUGCUUUUUGUUUUACUCUAUAUACAUAUAAUCUUUUGUAUUUAUCACUAUUCAACCACUGGAUGCAAGGGGUUUAAUUUACUGUUCAGUACAUAUAUGAUCUGAAGGUCCUUACUUGGAUCCUAAAACUAUUAAGAUGGUAGACAAGAAUUAAAGUCUUUAUCAUGUACGUAAUGUAGUUAUUUCCUAUUAUAGAAAUCUUUUCUUAUAUUUUGCAAAUCACUGUUAUUAACAGCUGUUUUAUAUUAUUUUUAUCAUAACUAUUAACAUAUUUACAUUUUCAAUCACUGAUAAUUAGCAGGUUAAAAAAAAUAACCAAGGAUUCAAAUUGUUUUCAUUCUACAGUGCCAAAUGAGCCCAAUAUUUGCUUUAUAUCUUGUACCAUUGUUUUUUCUCUUUUCAUGUCAGGGCCUUUUAUGGCAAACUAUAGUUUGGGAUUUUCUCAUUGUUAAAGGCUGUACAGUUGCCCAUAAUUCUUUAUAUUCACUUCAUUUGAACUCUGGUAGUUAAUUGUUUCAUUGGCAAUAUUACCACAUCUCCAUAUUUUUACAUUACACAUGUACUAUUUUUGAGGAUUAAGAAACUUGUACAAAUGAAAAGUAUAAAUACAUCUACCCAUUGUACUGUCCUCAUUUGCAUCUUUAUUUCAGAGUAAUAAGCUAAAUGUUAGCUUGAAGUAUAUGGAUCCCAUAUUGAAAUUUUGCUGACAAUUUGCAUAAAGGCUAUUUUUUGCCUAAUUAAAUCAAAUAUGUUAUAAAAAAUAUACCUACAUGUGCUACUUUUUCAGUCCAAGUUUUAUAUAUUUGCCUAAAAUUCCGAUUUGUGGACAAAUUUUUCCUUUCAACAGAACUACAUAACUUUUUUUUUCUAAAAGAUAAAACACAAACAGUUACUGUUUUUUGUUAAAUUACUGGUUUUAAACUCUAUAAAAUUUAUAUAAAUGUCAUUUAAAUUUGUGCUUUUUGUUUUUUUCAAAUAACUCUUAUUUGUCAAAUAUUCAUGAAUGUAGAAAAAAACAUGUAUAUUUAUCACAUAAUAUUCUUAAGAAUCAAACCAAAUGGCAUUUUAAAAAAGAGAGGUCCAUGAAUUUGAAUAAGUGUGAAUGAUUAAAAUCAGUCGAAAAAAACUGAAUGUUUUCCGGAUAAGUCAUAGUUUGACGUCGCAAAAAUAACAAUUUACGUUAAAUCAUCAUUACCUCCCCUGUAACUGUAUUGUAUGCCCUUAAGAUGAAUUUGUACCACCUAGUUAAAGAAGGUGAGUGUCAAAUUACAGACAACUUGUACCCAAAGUAUAAAAAAAAUUAAGUGCUUAAAUAUUUUUUCAAUUUUUACAUUUUAAAAGUGAUGAUCAAUCUGUUGUUUAUAGAUCUCACAGAUAUCUCAGUUUUGCAUUAUGAUGAGGUGCUCAAGAAGAUUUAUAAAGUAUUUUAUUUGUAUCAACUUUGUAUGUUUUACAUGAAAUAUAUAUAAAAUAUAUUUUUACAGAAAUAAAAGAAGAUAUAUGUUUA